AAUGAUGAAAACCGCAGCUCUCUCACUUGUUUCUGUCAAAAGUUAUUCAAAAAAAAAUCUACUAAAUAAACAUUAGUAUAACCAUCACAUAUGAUAGAAAAAUAUGUUUUAUCGAAAUUUUAUUAUUAUGAUAUUACUUGAAGAAUGAUAUAAUAACAUACAAAAAUAGAGCAUCAUUUCUAGUGCCAGCCCAUAUAGAGAAAAUGUUUCUUUAAGCUUUUUAUAAGAAAUUAAGGUACCUCCGCCACUACCUUUGGAUUGUCGUAAGUAUAAUGAUAUUAGUUGAAGAAUGAUAUAAUAAGUAGCAAAAACAAUAGAAAGAAGAAUCCAAUCAUGUAAAGAUUUGUUUUUUUUUUGUUUGAUCGAUAAUUAUGAUGAUUUAAUAAACAUCUGUUUUAGAUGUUUCUUCGUUCAGGUUUAAAACCAAAUAACCUUCAACAUUUUGCCUCAUUUUAUCGUUCUCGUUCAGAACAUGUAAUCGGUAUUCGUCGUGAAGAUCAAUCACCAUGGGAACGUCGUGCUCCAUUAGCACCUGAACAGGUUC